UCUCUCUCCUUUAAAUUCAUGACACAGCAGAACUUCCCUCAAGUCACCACAAAAUCUCCUUCUUUUUCUUAAUAUAUACAUAAUCCAAUAAAAACAAGAAAAGCAAAAAAAAAAGAAUCUAGCAAGCUUGAUAGUAAAUGGAUCAAGAAGGAUCAUCACAAAGCCCUACCGGGCAUGGGGGCCUUUCUUCCUCCGUCCCUUCUAAUUCUACCGAACCGGUCCGAUCACGUUGGUCACCUAAACCGGAGCAAAUCUUAAUACUCGAAUCCAUCUUCAACAGUGGUAUUGUUAACCCACCAAAAGACGAGACGGUGAGGAUAAGAAAGAUGCUGGAGAAAUUCGGUGCAGUGGGAGACGCAAACGUCUUCUACUGGUUUCAAAAUCGACGGUCAAGAUCUCGCCGGAGACAGCGGCAGCUUCAAGCCGCCACCGCUGCAGCCGCCACCACCAAAGGAGCUGAAGACUACCAGCAUAUGACGACCAUGAGCAUGCAUCAUCCUUACAGCAACAGCGAGAGUGAUUUGGGAUUUGGAAGUUGUAGCAACUCAUCACCUAAUUACUUCUUUAAUGACUCCUUAUCUCAAGCCUCUUCCUUUCUUCUCAGCCCCCCAUCUUCUUCUUCUUCGAGUGGUGGGUGCGAAAGCAACAAUGGCAUGGAGAAUAAUCUCUUCACAAUGUAUGGCCAUGAGUCUGAUCAUCAUCAUCAACACAGCCCAUCUGACCAAAAGUCCAAUUUCCACUACCAAGAAGGGCUAAUGACGGUGUUCAUAAAUGGAGUUCCGACGGAAGUAACAAAAGGAGCAAUAGACAUGAAAGCAAUGUUCGGUGAAGAUUUGGUGUUGCUUCAUUCCUCUGGUCUUCCUCUUCCCACUGAUGAGUUCGGUUUCUUGAUGCAUUCUUUACAACAUGGCGAAGCUUAUUUCCUGUUUCUGGAGAUGAGGGCUUGUCCUAUUAGAGCAAGGAAAGUUGAGUUUCUGGAGAUGAGGGCUUGUCCUAUUAGAGCAAGGAAAGUUGAGUUUCUGGAGAUGAGGGCUUGUCCUAUUAGAGCAAGGAAC